UGUCACAUACAGCCAUAACGUCGAUCGACGCGAAAUUCUUUCUAUUUAUGAAGUCGUGGCCAUCUUUCGGCAUAAUGAUACGUAUGUGUGAGCCAUCAACAGCUCCUAUGACGUUGGGAAAUCCAGCAGAUGUGAAGAACUCCCGCAUGAUUUCCUGCUGUUGAACACGAUUUGGCCAGUGAUAAUCUCAUCCAAGAUGGGGACAGAGGAGUCCAGAUUUACGCUCUACUCCAUCAUAUUAUGUGUGACAGUAGGGGUAUGCUACAUCCGAGCCAUGGACUGUGGGUUCUGCUUUGAUGACAUGUCGGCCAUCGUGGAAAACAAGGACUUGAGGCCCCACACACCUGUUUCAAAUCUAUUUCUGAAUGACUUCUGGGGCACGCCAAUGUACAAGGAGAAGAGUCACAAGUCGUACCGACCCCUGUGUGUUCUGACGUUCCGGUUCAACUACAUGCUCAGUGAGCUGGAACCCAUGACCUAUCAUCUCCUUAAUGUCAUACUGCAUGCCGUCGUCUGUGUCAUGUACAUGAGAGUAUGCACCAUGUUCCUGAGUGAGUUCCCAUCCUUCGUGGCGGCCUUGCUGUUUGCUGUUCAUCCCAUCCACACAGAGGCUGUGACGGGAGUGGUGGGGCGUGCGGAAGCCUUGUCCUCUAUUUUCUUCCUGGCUGCUAUGAUGACCUACCCCAAGUGUACUGGCUACCGCAGACAGACUAACUGGGGUCCCUUGAUUACAACAAUAGUUCUGGUUACCAUAGCAAUGUUAUGCAAAGAACAAGGGAUCACAGUGAUCGGAGUCUGUGUCGUGUACGAACUGUUUGUGGCUCAAAGGGCAUUGUUCAAGGAUCUAUGGGCUAUCCUGAUGGGUAUCCUUCAGGGCAAACCCGCCCUACCCCCAUGGCUCUGGGGCUCUAUCACCCGCUCAGCCAUCCUCGUGGGCUCUACCGUCUUCCUCCUGGUAGCCCGCAUCAAGGUCAUGGGUGCUCAACUGCCUAUAUUUACCAAAUUUGAUAAUCCUGCCUCUGUAUCGCCGACCCCUGCCCGUCAGCUGACUUACAACUACCUCCUGCCAGUCAACUUUUGGCUCCUCCUCUUUCCAGCUGAUCUCUGCUGUGAUUGGACAAUGGGCACCAUAUCUGUCAUCCAAUCAAUUGCUGAUUGGAGGAAUCUGAUAACCCUGUUGUUCUGGGUGUGUCUUGGAAAAGUGAUUCAAAUCGCUCUGUCCAGACAAGGGAAAUUUAACAGGGCACUUCUUAUAAGUAUAGCCCUUAUGGCCAUGCCAUUUGUCCCAGCGUCGAACCUGUUUUUCCCCGUUGGUUUUGUGGUGGCUGAGAGGAUCCUGUACACACCAAGUAUGGGUUUCUGUAUGCUGGUGGCCCUUGGACUAGAUGUCAUUAUGCAGAAUAAACAAUUGCCAAAGGUUUUACUCAUGUUUCUGACUGGUAGUUUGCUUGUGUCACAUGGACUGAAAACAUACAUGAGAAAUAUUGACUGGACGUCAGAGUACACAAUAUUCCGUGCAGCAUUACGUGUCAAUACACAGAAUGCUAAACUAUGGAACAACGUUGGCCACGCGCUAGAGAAAGAGGAAGACUGGGAAGGGGCCCUGGGGUACUUCGAGAAGGCAGUCAGUGUUCAGCCAGAUGAUAUAGGAGCCCACCAGAACUAUGGUCGUACGUUAAAGACGUUGAAGAGAUUUGAUGAGGCGGAACAGGCUUUCCUGAAGGCCUUGGAGCUCUUUCCCCCCGUCAUAUCAGGCAAGAGUUACACAGCGCGUGUGGCACCAAGUCACCUGAACGUGUACCUCAACCUGGCCUCACUGUAUUCCAGGGAUCCCAGCAGACUUCUGGAAGCUGAUGGGCUGUUGAAGACAGCCACUGACAUGAGACCGGACUACGUACAGGGCUGGAUAAACAGAGGUGACAUCAUGAUGAAACUGAAAAGGCACAAAGAUGCUAUAGAGGUGUAUGAGACAGCUCUAAAAUAUGAACCUGACAAUGCUGAUGUCCACUAUAAUCUUGGAGUGGUUAGCAUGGAGCUUGGAAACAAACCCAGGGCUAUGAAGUACUUUGAUGAGGCUGUCAAGUAUGAUCCUGAUCACUGGCAAUCCCUAUACAACUCAGCAGUGAUGAUACAGGAAGAGAGGUUGACCGACAGGUGGCCGGUAGCAGUAGAGAGGUUCAAGCAGCUGAUCAAGAAGCAAUCAAACGAUUCCCGUCCACCAUUUUCACUCGCUAUGUUGAUGAUGGACAUGGGGGAUUUCAACGCUGCUGAGAAAUACUUCAAAUUGGCAAUCAAGAUUGAGCCCACUUUCAAGAGUGCCCUGUUCAACCUGGCCCUCAUGCUGACUAACAACCUUCAGAGGCCCAUGGAUGCCGUGCCGUUUGUCAGGGAACUUCUCAAGAACCACCCUGACCACAUGAAGGGCCUUAUGUUGCUAGGGGAGCUAAAUGUGAACCACCUUAAAAACCUGGAUGAAGCUGCAGAGUGUUUCAAUAAGGUAAUAGAAGUAGAACCAGAAAACAUAGAGGCCCUACACAACCUGUGUGUCGUGCUAGUGGAAAGGGGGGACCUCAUACAGGCCGAGAAAUGUCUCACGCAUGUGCACAACAAGGCACCACAGGAGCAGUACAUCGCCAGGCAUUUGAAUAUUGUGCGUGCAAAGUUGAACGAGGCAAUUAAAAAACGACAGGAAGAAUUGGCCGCUCAAAAGGCUGCAGAAGGUCAAGGUUCAAAUGCUCAACAACAAGGUUCAAAUGCUCAUGGUCAAAAUGAAGCAGCUCAAGAUCAAGGUGCACCUAAUCAAGGUCAGGAUACAGCUGUGCACGGUCAAGGUCAAAGAUCUUCUGGGCAACAAAAUGGAGGUCAAGGUCAACAGAAUGUAGGUCAAGGUCAUGAAUCUCAAAGAAGGGACAAUGUACAAGGUGCGAAAGUAGGAGGGUAGAUAGCUUUAUAUGCAAUUUGGUGCAAUUAUGCAAACUAAGUAUGUUUUAGAUUAUGUUUUUAUUUAAGUGUGUAUCAUUCCUAAGUAGCAUUUCUUAUGGAUGUGAACUUUAUAUACAUUUGAGUCUCUAAUGAAUAUAAACCUAGAUUUACCGAAGUCAUCAUAACAUUUUAAAGCAGUCGUUUACUUAUAGUUGUUUUUACAUUUUGUUCCUUUACAUUUUGUUCCUUUUUGUUUAAAGUGACACUCUUAUUCAAAUUCAAUAAUACACAUGUAAAACAAACAUACAUUUUGAGUGAAAAACCUUUAACUCCAUACUAAAUCAUACAUUUAUGGAAAUUUAACUACUGAUAACUAGUUUGAAACCAUGUAUUUAAUAGCUGAAACAGCAAAUAUAUUAAAUGAUUGGUGAGGGCUAAAAGAUUUACUGUGAUCUACUAUCUUCUCAUAAGCAUUAUGGUAGAAAUACUGUGUUUUAUGAUCCUUUCUUUCAAAUUGAACUCCAUAUCCUUCAUAAGAACCAUUCCUUUCACCAUUGAUUCAUCCUUUUUUGGUAAAUUAAAAGAAUUGUAUCUAUUGUGAUAAAUCUUAUUUGGGAGUAAGAGUGCAUCUCUAACAAAAGAGAAAAAAAAUUAAACAAACCCCAUAUCCAAUAAAGUAUCAGUAUUAUGAUAGUAUACUACCUGGUAAAUACUCCAUGGCACUUUUAGCCUAAAUAACAUCUGACUUUCAGAAAGUUGCUGCCGCUUGAAAAUGUAGAAUAAUUGUCUUUGAUUACUUUUGACGUAUUUACAUGCAAUUAUUCAAUGGUUUAAGUAUUACUGUGACGAAACAAAUUUCUCUGCUCUUAUAAUCAAUAUAUAGGUGAUACAUGAUUUACAGGUCAUAUUUUACUUUUAUAUCAGUAACACGUUUAGUUUCUUAGAUAGGAUGCCGGUAACUCAGCGCACAUGAAAUUGUCAGUGUAUGUUUUGUUUUGUUUUCCUUGUUCAUGUGUAGGAUCUGUUUUAUUAUCUAGCAUGACUGUGAAGGUUCUGACUACUUGUCUGUUUACAUUCUGUUAUAAGAUCUGAGGUAGUAUAUGUAUCUGCCCAGAUGUUAAUACGCGUAUUUUUAAGUGUGGAUUAGCUUUAAGUAUAGUCAGCAGUGGGGGGGGGGGGGGUUUUACCGUUUUGGAAAUUGGCCGCUCCCUGAUUGGUAAAAAUUCAUCAUUUUGACUUGAAAUAAACAAGAAUUCUUAAAAGAAUGGACAGAAAAGGUAAAAAAAAAAUGACAAAGUUUGUUUCUUUAAGAAUACAUAAAAAAAAUUCCAUGCAGAAACUGUUUUUGAAUUCAUUUUUUAUGACAAAAAACAACAACAAAACACAACAUAAAAAUGGGAUUUUCUUUUUGCAUUUUGAGAAAAGAUAUUUGUUUUAGUUUUGGGAAUUAGGCCAAAUCUCCGCCCCAACUUGUCAGAAAAAAACUUGCACUGUGGUGCGGAAAGAUUUUUUUCAGUUUUACUAAAUAAUGCUGUAAUCAUUCACUUUUGAUUGCAAAAACUGGACAUUAAUGUUAAUCAAUCAGAUGGCAUUAUCUCGUUUCAAGUGAAAAGCCAUGGAAUGGCAUGAAAAGCCAUGGAAUGUCAUGAAAAGCCUUGGAAUGGCAUGAAAAGCCAUGGAAUGUCAUGAAAAGCCAUGGAAUGUCAUGAAAAGCCUUGGAAUGUCAUGAAAUGUCAUGGAAAGAGGUAUAUUAACAAGAUUUUUUUUAUUGUGAAAGUAUUUAUUGUGUUUCAAUGAAUGAGAAUCUGAGAUGUAUUUUUACAUAAAAUGGUCACGAAUUUAAAGCCACAAUAAAGCAAAAAAAAAGAUUACAUAUCUUUAUGCAACAAACUACAAAAUGGCCAUUAAUAACAACCAUUUCAAUUGUAUGAUGACUUUUGAUUGCAUACUGAGAUAUAAUAAAUAUAUAAUGCUGGCUUUACGUGACAUUUUUGGCUUUACAUGACAUUUUUUGCUUGACAAAUUUGGCUUUAUUUGACAUUUUUAGCUUUACUUGACAUUUCUGGCUUUACUUGACAUGUUUGGCUUUACUUGACAUUUUUGGCUUUACGUGACAUGUUUGGCUUUACGUGAUAUUUAGUGCCUUUCUGCACUUGGUCAUACUGUUUAUUAACUGUUUGUAUGCUUUAUAACUUGUUUUGUCUUACAUUUUGAUCAGCAUAAUAUAAAUAACACGUAGUCCCAUAUUUAUUAUAUCUCUAUGCACAACACAUCAACAUAACAUAUGUACCUCUUUCUGCAUAGACAUAUCAUUAUUUUCUAUCUUCUCUUUUUGUGUUUGAAAGGUUGAGUGAUUACAUGGAACCAAUAUGAAGAAAUCAUCAUUUCCAUGCCUCAUUUCUAGUUAUAAUGAAAAUCUGGCCCCAAUUCUCGAAACUUUAACCUUAUAACAGCUUUAAACUUAAAGAUGACUAUUUUUGUAUUUCUGUUCUAUAUGCGUUAUAUUUAUUUCCUUCAGAGUUUUAACACUUUUAAAUGGAAUUAUCUUUAUGGGUAUAACAAUAAACCAUUUUUCAUUCAUCAAAUUCAAAUUAAAGUUUGUAAUUUGACUAAUUGAAACUCUAUGAGCAACAUAAACUGGUUAUACCAGUAGUGAAUGUAGAACAUUUCAAAGUUAAACUCUCUUUGGCAUGCUUUCUUAGUUUGUGUGAUGUGGAAUGAGUGUAAGGACUGAAUACAUGUAUACACAUACCUAGGCCAUUCUUGAACAACCGUUUGAUUAUAGUGGUCUGACUGAUACACCAAAAAUUCACCCUUGAGUAAAACAUAAAUUUUGAGGGGCGAGUGGUUUAGUGAAAUAGGUAUCUGCCUCUCAACCAAGAGGUUGUGGGUUCGGUACAAAGGCACUUUCUCAUGGCCGCUCACACAGUACUAGUUUUACCCAGGUAAAGGACUCAAAAUAGAUUCAUAAGCAGCUUUCAGCUGUCUUUAAAAUGUAGCAAAAAUAAAUUAUUCUAAACUAUGAACUAAAUAAGUUCUUUCUUGAAUACUGCUCUAUUUUGGUGUCGUUUUCAAAGCAUGGCUGACACAUGGAUUAUGUUGUCCUUCAGCGUCAUCCAAGGCCUUGUCCACAGUAUUGUCAUCGGUGUUGCACUUAAAUUUCUUUUCCAAUAGGUGACUUGUAGUCUUUAAACACAAUGUGCACAUUGGGCAUUGUCUGAAGUUGAACCCUAUUGAUUUGAGGGUCAGAAGGUCAAGGUCAUGAUGACCAUUGUGCUUCCAAAAGGUCACACUUCCAAUAGCGAAUUCUAGUUUAGAGUGUGUGUGGUAUUGCUCAGUCAUAUAUCAAUUUUAAAAAUGACAUGUCCUGCUGAGGUCAUUCUAUGCAAACGUUUUGAAGGGUGGCCUACUAAUUAUGCAUUUUUCCUUCAUAUUGCCACUUUAUUUUGCAAGCAUAAUUUGAAUUAAUGGUGCUUAUUGUAUAUAAAGUUAGCUUCUACCAUUGUUGUUCAUAUAUUAAGCACAUUCCAAUAAAUCUAUGCCAUUGUUGACUGCUGUUCAGCAUAACUAUUUAUGCAUGCUAUUUGUGCACGUUUAUGCUAUCAGAUGAACUUUAGAGCCAUAUAUUACAGAUCCAGCGUGAUUAAACAUAUUACUUUUAUGGAACCAUUGUCUCUGCUGGGGAUUUGUUUUUGCACGCUAAAUCUCAUUGUAGUGAUUAUCUUGGGUUUAACCUUGAUGUACAGUUUAGAUACCUAUAUUCAGAAUUAUCAAGAUAUAUCUUCUUUUCCAAACUUAUUGGUCCAGAAAAAACUGCUUCAAUAUUCAGAUAUCUAUUUUUUUCGGGAGCAAUACACAAAUUAUUGUCCCAGAUUUUUUUUUAUAAAUUUAUAGAUUUUAUUUCUUGUAUGUGAACAGUUCAAAAUUUCGGAUGUUUCUUGACAGUUUUCAACUAUGUAAUUGAUCUUCUAUUUUAACUACGCAUAAUAUUAAAUUACAUAAAAAUGCAUUAUCAUAACAGAGGUAUAGUUUUAAUGUAAAAUUGUAUUUAUUUGCAUAGAAUAUAUUAAUAAAACUAUGCCCAUGUAAUUAAAAUGGUUAAAAUUCUAAACCACAUGUGCAUAACUAUAUAACCAUUUUAGGAAUUAAACCUUCACCAUAACUAUGAUACAUAAUAAAGUACUCAACAUUUAGGAACACCAAGGGCUUCAACCUACAUGUCCUUGUAUAGGGUUUUCAGUUUUGAAUAACUCAUGGACUGGCAACACAGGGUCCAUAACUCAAAUACAAGUUGUGUCAUUCACAUUCAUCAGAGGUUCGACAAUGACGAUGUAUGCAUAGCGUCAUCGCUCUGGUGUACAAGAAUGGAUUAUUGUAAGAGUCAUGAAACUUUAAUGUAUACCUUUAUACACAUUCAUGUUUGUGGGUUAUAAACCGUAAUGAAAAUUGAAAUAUUUUUUGUUUAUAUGACACAUUAUCAAGUUUGGAUAUAUAUCUUAAGGUCUGUUUUUUUUUAUUCUAGCUUUUUGACCUAAUAUUGUUGUCUAAGAAUGCAUGAUUGUUUAAUUUCAUUUGAUAAAGUAUAAACAAUAUUUUACUUGAAAACUAUAUAUUUGGGAACAAAAAUAUUUGGGAACAAAAAUAAUUUCAACAAAAUGUGAGUAGUACAUUAUGACAAAAAUGAAAAUAAUAUACGUACAUUGUUUAUGUUGAUUUUGCAUAGUAUUUGUUAAGUCUGACAUGUUUUGUCUUAUCUUUUGACAUGUUUUGUCUAUUUUUUUGUAAUAAAUACAAUAAAAGU